AUUCAACCGAUGCGUUACAUAUGCAUAGUCUGUCUGAGGUUGUCGCUAUUUGACAUCUAAGAAUACCAAAUAAAGCUAAAAUGCCCCGACAAGCGGAACUUAUCUGUUCAGAAGACCAAACACCCAUACGAGGGACCUGUAAACCAGCAGAUGCUGAAUCACAUGUCGAUUGUACUUCACUUAAGGAAGUAACGAAAAAAUCCAAACACCAUUCAAAAAGAAGUUCUCAAACAACUCACUCAGAUUGUAAAGAGAAAACUCUGAAAACAAAACAUGCAAAGAAUAGAAACGAAUCCUCAGUCGUUAUAAGUCCUAAGCUCUCUUCGGAUGUUAACCAACCGAAUAGUGCAGAUAAAGAAGGGCUUGAAAAAGAAAUUACACUCGGCAAAAACAAACGCGAACAUGUGAAAAAAAAGCGAAAACAUUCGAAAGGUGAAACAAGGCAUGAAAAGCGUAGCAAACAUAAUGAAGCGAACUCUGAGGUAACUGUUGGUCAAUCAGUUGUCAAAGAAUCUGUCCGUAAACACAAGCAUCGCGAUAAACCUCAUGGUUCGCCAAAGAUGUCAAUGGUGGAUGGAAUAACUCAUCGUUCUACCAAGUCUGUCAUUUGCGGGGACAGUUGUCGCCAAGAUGCUCCAACUUCAGUAAAAGAACAAGGCUUUGAAGUUGUUCCACGUUCUUAUACUUAUGAACCCGUUCCAGGGACACCUUCAUCCGCUUCUAGAUGUUCUUCACAUAUUUCGCGUUCAUCUUCUUUUAGCCAAUCUCCGACACGCUCCGGAAAACAUGAAAUGCACCGCGUCCAUGACCCACGUUUUCAUGAAAAGUUACACAGGCAGAGGUAUGAGCAGAACAGUAGAUCGCCAUCCAUGCAUUUACAUCAUGAUCACAAACCUGGCCCUCCUACACGGGCCACAGAUAGCGGUCAUGGAACUAAUCCUGAAGAAAAGUAUAAUUCAGUAAAAAGAACACAAUCAUCUGUCAGUUCACCUUCAAAGUCAAAGCGAUAUAAUUCAGCUACUUUAAGUUACGGGUAUCGUCAAUCAACACAACGUCACCAUUUAUCCCCAAGUCAUAGGUCUCACUCAAGACAUCAUGGACCUCACCGUGAAAGAAGUUGUAGUGGCUCGGAAAGAUAUGAAUCUAGACGAACAUCAACAUACCGCGCAGGUGAUAAACAACAUAUUCACUCAAAGACUUAUCUCGCUAAGGCAAAACCCAGAUAUAAUCCGGAUGACAAUCCUGAUUUACAUGAGAUUAGUUAUUCAAAAAAUUAUGAACGUCGCCACAUACGUGAUUCUAAUAGCACAAAAAGACACGAAAGUGAAAGUCAUCGACGUGAAACUAUUGAAUCUCUAUCACCGUCACCUAAAAUCUCAAAACAACUUUGUGAGAAUUAUGAACCUCAACAUCAUUCAACACGUCAACAAGUUAAUAACUUACUGAAAUCCCAGUCAGACAUACACCCACCUCUGUUGCCAAAACGUGAUCGACGAAGCACAAAUGAAGUUUAUGAUUCUUGUAGUCCAAGUCGGAAGUCAACCAAUAGCAUUCCAGUUUGUACUGAGUCUGCUCAUCAUCCCUCGAGUUCUCCUUCUCAUCCUCCUUGUUUUCUACCUAAGGACAAAGAUCGAAAACUACAAACAUCUCAUGCUCUUUGUGAACUUUUGGAUGGAUUAAAGUGUGAAGAUGUUUCGGAUACUGAAUUGCACUUGAUAAUCCCUCCUUCUAUGAUCAAUACUUUGUCGUCAGACACCUCGCUGGAUUGUAAUAAUGAAUUAACAUGUAAAGCUGAAUUGUCAGUCAAAAAUAAUCGUGAUGGUACCUAUAACAGUAAUGAUAACAAUAAUAAUAGUAAUAAUGCUAAUUCAAAUCAUUUGGCUGCUGAGAAAGUUGAGAAAGAUGAAAGCACUUAUCAAAAUAGAUUAAAUAAUAAUAUUAAUCUAGACUCUUUAGAAGCUUUAUCCACUCAAAUUAGACAACAUAUGACAGGUCCAGAAAAUUGGGAUAUUAAUGACUUAGCCGAUCCCAUUGAGCUCGGAGAAGAAUAUUCAGAAAAUACAACUGAUCAGGCUAAUUCAGAUUUAUUAAAUUCAGAGAAAUCAAACGACAGUUUGUAUACGCCAUGGCAAGAAUUAAUUGAAUCAGCCGGACAAAAAUUAUCCUUAGAUGCCACUAAAUCGGAUGAACAAGAUUAUGUUCAGUGUGUUGGAACUUUCAUCGCUGGUAUAGGACAUCAAGACAUUAAUAGGAUACCCAUGAGUUAAUUGGUACAUUCGCUCUGUGAAUCCAUUCUGAAGCUAAGACAGAAGUGUGAUGAUGAUAUCAAAGCAUCCAGGAAAGUCAUCUGUAAAUUGAUCUUGUAAUUCAAUCCGACUUUUGCUCAUGUAUUCCAAAUUAAUGGUGUAUUAUCCGUAGUCUAACAUCACUUACAAAUGCCUUAAUAAUCACGAAAAGAUACGACCUAACUCGAAAACCCACUAGUUUGAUUUGCCAUAGCUUCACACAGAGAAUCAUAAAAGUGAUCAUGUAGGAAAGCACUAAUAGUUGGGGAACAAUUAUGUAAUUUAAUAUGGCGAAGAAAAAGCGAUAGAAAAGAACAUGUUCACUGCUAUGACCGAAAACAUUUAGGACCACUAACCAAUGGUUUCCAAGAUCUUAAGGACUCCAUUCGGAAACCCUAUUUUCACAAAUCCUAGAUGGUGCUUAUUUCAUGCCCUUCCAAUAGUUGACUUGAGAUUUCAGUAUAUAUCGACCAGCCAAAAUAUUACCAAUAGAAGUUAUGCCUCCAUCAGGAAAUUCAGAGACUACCUCUCAUCCUAAGUUUUCAGAAGAAACGAUUAGUCUAAGCAAGCAAAAUAUCUUAUCAGCCUAGAGUUUUGAAAACACUGACCCUGAACUGCAAAUGUUCGUUAUAAUUUAUGAAAUGCAAGUGUGGUAUGCUUAUUAUUAUGAUAUAACCAAAACCUCUGUCAGCAGAUUGGCAUACAUUUUGUAGCCAUUCACUAUAUCAGUUCUCACCAACCACAAAUUUUCUAUCAACCAAUGGCUCUGUUCAAAGCCCCUAUUUCACUUCUUUGAUUACUUCAACAGUUUGCAGGAAAUAAAUUAUAAUGGGUGGUUUAUUGUCUUGUGAAUAACAAGAAAGGUUUCCUAAUUAUCAAUCCUUUGUCUGCCAUCGAGUAUAUGGAAUUAUACAGAGCAUGUGACAGACUUUAUUUCUUCUGUUACAAACCAUACUAGGGCAUAUUUUUUCGUAAGUUGUAAAAUGAUCCCCACUAUACCUCUAAGGUAGUUGACUUUAUAGUGGCAUUCGAAUUUGAAAGUUCAUGUAGAUGUGAAUACACAGAUCUAGUUUUCGGUUAUAUUUUUGUUAUGAGGUGAUAGAAUAUUAUGUCGACCUCGACACCAUAGUUUCCUAGCUGUAUCCUACAUGCGGUCUUAUGUGGACAGUACACCUAGAGGUUCCGAACUUGAACAAAACAUAAAUCUAUCCUGGUUUUCAUCGCUUCUCUGACUGGUGUCAUUUCUUGUGGUCAGAACUAAUUCCGUAUAUCUUUUACGGCAUAGUUACGAAUCCAAACAUUACCUAUGCAUUAUAGUAGAUAAAGUAAUGAAUAGACAUCCUAAGGAUCAUAUUAAACGAAUAAUUAAUUUUCUCACAACAGAUUAUACUACUUAAAACAGGCAGUCUAUGAGUAAUAAAUGUUUUAUCUUCACAUGAAAAAGCAUUGAGAUUUUUUGGUUGACCUGCGGCAAAUUCUAUUUACGAACGAUUGAGGAUUCGGCUAGGUUGAACUAUAAGACGAGUAAAUCAUCUCAAGUUCAUGACGCAUUUCAAAUACAAUAACGAAGGAAAUGCUGACAGUUGAUUUCAUUAAAAAAUAUCUUACUCAGAAAAACAUAAUUAUACGUGCAUCUUCAUUAUUUGGUCUAACAUUCUUAUUAAUAAUUAUCUUUAUUAUUCCUAAUAUCAUCACUAUUAUGAUGAUCACAUAUGCUACGCCAAAACAUCCCCUAUUUUAUAAGCAAUGUUGGAUGGUGGCUAGCAGUAGAAUCCAAGAUGCGCGGUCCGUCCUAUUUGAGACUCAUCAGCCGGAUGCGCCUGCAUCUUAGAGUUGUGGUCCACCCCGGGACUCAAACCAAGCACCGUUCGUAUCUAUUUAGCUGCCGACUUCAGGUAGUCACUGACUUGUGAAACAGAGGGGGAGCGUCCUGGAUUUCACCAACAGCCAUCAGCCAACUCUGCUUAAAGUGCUUGUGACUUAAUGACAGUAUUAAGGCAGGAUUUACAUAUGCUAAAACAGACCUGCCAAACAUCAAUGAGAAGAUUCAAACAACCAAUACAAAUGAAUUUUGUAUCAGCUUGUUUUCACAUUCGACUUUUACUUAUUGAUUAGAACCCAUCACCUUAAAGCACAUAAUUUUGCUGAGUCUUUAUGCACGACCUUUUCUAAACAUUACCAAUGAUGUUAUUUUGUUUUAUUGGUAAUAUUUAGCAUUUAAGACUUGAUUGACGAGAAAUUUGGCAUUUCCGAAGUAUAGAAUUGGUUGGUUCAUCUUGAGUUUUUUGUCUAUUGUAAUACAGUAACAAAAAUAGUGUCUGAUUUAUAACUGUAGAGCCUGAGGAAGAAGUUAUCGAAAACAAUAGUUCGAUAUUUUUUUAUUCUUGAGUGGAAUUAUGAAAAAUUAGAAAAACAAAAAUAUAAUGUUUUG